UCAGUUGUGAUGGAAAAUGUAAAGCAAUGCAGCGAAGGUGAAAUUUAUCGAACCUUCGAAAAAUCAGCAAAAGAAAAAGGAGUCAAGAGGUUAGACGAAGAGUUCCUUAGGCGAUUCUUGAUUGGCCACCAAUAUGAUAUCAUCACAUCACUAAAGGCAGUACGGAAUUUCGAGAGUUUCGUUGAUCGAAGACGUUCCAGAUGGUUGAAAUUGGAUAGAAACAACCUGGAGAAAAUCCUGCUAGAUCAAAUUGUGGAUGUUUCGGACAAGAAUGGCUUGCAGGGACAGAAAGUUGUCUGGAUAAGGUUGGAGAAAUGGGACCCACAAGUUUUCACCGCGGAUGAACUAUUAGAGGUUUCAGGUCUGCUGUGCGAACUGGUCUAUGCGAAAUCAAAGGAAAUCGAGUGUAUAGAUGUUAUCGUUGAUCUGCACAAUUUUUCGCUGAGACAUUUAUACGGAUUGUCCCCGAAAUUUGCGAAACGAAUGGUUUUCUUCAUUUCGCAAUGCCUUCCUAUGAGAUUAUCACAUGUCUACGUAGUCAGACAACCAAAAAUAUUUCACCUUGUAUACUCGCUGUUCAAGCCAUUCAUUGAAGAAAAGACAAGAAACUUGAUAACUGUUUGUGGAUAUGACUAUGAUGUAAUGUUUGCUACAAUUGGUCCAGAUAUCCUGCCCUCAGAAAUAGGAGGCACUAGUACCGAUUUGGUUCCUAGUAGAUGGUUGAAGAUUUUAUACAACAAGAGAGUUCAAAAAGAAUCCCGAUUUGAUUGUUAUUUUUUUGAAAUGACCCGGCCGUUACUUGAUGGAAAUCCAUGGCAAAUGUAAAAACUCCACAAACGAUGAGAUUUCCACAAAAUUCUCAAACACACAUGUUUCGCUAACACAGUAGCUUCGUCAGGUGAUAUGAAUGAGAGCCGUUUGAAGUUUUAUGCAAUCUUCAGGUGAUUACAAAAUGAUGAUGAAGAUAUCUAAUCAGGAUGAUCUUUGGUAUACAUAGAGUAUGGACUCUCUCUACCUGACUGUUCAUGGAAACAGUAAAAAAAAAUUGAGUGACGUUGAGAUUUUGAAAAAAACAUGAGUUACGACCAUUUGUGAGACUAGAUAAUCCUAUUGUAUAACCACUUACGUCCGAUAAAGGUUUUGUCAAAAAUGUAUUCCAUUGGUUUAAAAAAAACUAAUGAAUGAAAAAACAUGUUCUAUUGACCCUAAAGAAAUAAACAAUACACCAGGUCACAAAAUACAAAAUAAAAAUAUUUUUUUCAUAAUAAAUACAAAGGAUAUUAUAGAAAUAAACAAUACACCAGGUCACAAAAUCCAGAAUAAGAAUAUUUUUUCCAUAAUAAAUACAAAGAAUAUUAUAUAAUUCUUGGAACAUGGAAUACCCUCAAAGAAAGAUUGCCUCUGUGGAAUGUAUAAUAUAACUAAUACAUCUUCAAUGUGGAAGAAAUCUGAAAAAUAAUUGGUGUUCUUGCAACCUGACAACUGGAGUAUUCCCAGUGCAAAGAGAUUGCAGAUCGGAGUAUUUUUCUUCUGAUAUUUUAUUAACUUGUGCAUUGAGCUUUUUACUUCGAUCUCCUUCUUUCUCAUGUCCAUCAACUUGAUGAUGUUCAGGUUGAAUACUUAUUCUCGUGUUAGAUAAUUUUGGAAUUAUCGGUGUUCUUUUCAUUGGAUUUUUAUGAUAAUCACAAUCGGGAUUAGUGAUAAAAUGGUCAUAACAUAAUAGAAUCGAACAACGAUGGCACGAACUGAACACUUCAAUCCCACAUCUAUGAUAUUCGCAUCUUGCAAUGUAUGGUGGAUCGUCAUCUGAAUCAUAAAAUUCAUUCUCACUGAAUUGAUUGCUAGUCGUGUCCUCUUCCACUAGUUCUACUUGGUUUUCCAAUGUUCUUUUAGAUUGAGCUAAGGGUAAGUUGUCAUCUGAUGAAAAUGCUUCUUGUUGCUGAAGCAUUCUAAUUUUGAUUUGAGACAACGGCACGUCCUCUGAGGAAUCCGAAUUCUCAUCACUGAUUACAUCAUAUUCGGUCUGAAUUACCUUUCCACAGUACCAUACAUUAUCGUAAAACAUAUUCACUUGAGCUCCGAUCUUGAGGGUACCUCGAAACAUGAGUUCAUUCGAUGAAACAACAUUUUUUGUGCCAUCUUUCCAUAAUACAAGCACAUCCAUCGUAAUUCUUAUAAUUAUAAUCCACCCCUGACUGCGUGCUCGAACGUCUUUACUGCAACUGAUGGCAUUAGACUAUUGGAAAUUGAUGAAAUACAGUGUAAUCUGCAAGUCUCAACAAGUCUCAACAUGCAGAUACGCCAGACCUGGAAUAGGCGAAUUCUCAUAACAUACUCUCACAAACUGACGUUACUCCAGAUACGUCCCUAUGUGAGAAUAUAAAAUUGAACAUUUUGAGAUAUGCCACUUACUGAAUGUGCUAUUGAAGGAAAAAUACACCACAUUGGGUUACGCCACUUUGUGAGAAGAUAGUUCUACGAAAAAUAAAUGGUUUCGUGGUCUUAUCUCAAAAUCGGCAAUUUUUGAGUUACGUCACUUUGUAAGAUUGACGACGAUAUAAGCAAGCCAAUGUUAGUUUAGUUCAUCGUACCAGAUUAUCACCUGACGAAGCUACUGUGUUAGCGAAACAUGUCGUGUGUUUGAGAAUUUUGUGGAAAUCUUAUCGUUUGUGAAGUUUUUACAUUGAUUGUUAUUUCAACAUUAGAACAAACUUGUGAAAAUACGGUGAUGAAUUGGCCAAUAUAAAUAAUAACAUUCCUAUUAUUUUCAGAUCUACAAAUUUCUGGAUAUGAGUUUUAUUGAUGGCAUCGAGAUGCAUGGAAAUAUCUUGAAAAAAUAACUUCCCGGAAAUAUUCACAGGCACUCAAAUCACGAUGUUUUAUACACUUAUAAUGAAGCAAUUAUAUAUUAUUGUGAAACAUUAUAGAUCAGCUAAAAGCAUU